AUGAGCUCUCCCUCCCAGCACCACCACCACCCCCCGCCCUACUAUUCCCAAGACACGCUAGCGGCGCUCCAAAACAUCGACAAUCCCGACGUGCAAAACCAGACCAACUCCCCGUCCGUGUACGACUUGGAUUUUGCCGACCUCCCGCUGGACUUUUACGAUCUGGCGUUGGACUUUGACUUGGAAGAGUCCGCCCACCGCCCGCUUCUGGCGCCUUUCCACGAGGAACCCGCCCGCAACAAGUCUCAUGCUUUCCACCACUCCAGAAACAUAUCCUUGGAUGACACCUACAGACGCUCCCACCAGCACCUGCUGCUGAUCGUGUCGAACCUGGCCGACCCGCCGCUGGGCACCUUCUACCUGCUGCUGGCGAAUCUCCAGCUUCUGGCCGACCUGGUGCCUCAGCUUCUGCUGCUGGUGCUGAAUCCGCUGUUGCUUGAUCUGCCCCAUUCCGCCUUGCAGCCCACCGCCACCCCGGGCCGCCGCCACAAAUCAACCUCUAUCUCCUACACAACGCCUCUCCGUGGCGGCGUGCUGCCCUUGACCCACGCCAAAGUCGGCAAGACUCCGCUCAAGGGUCACCGGCGUUCGCGGCUGAAAGCAAGCUUGGAGCCGUCCCUGGCCCACCUUUUGGCCUCCGUGGCAAGCAACAAGAGCUACGACGCCUUGGCCAACUGCAACGUCAACUUGAACGAGCACAACCCGUUCCACAACGACUUUGUCUCGCCUCGCGUUGGGCUCGACGACUCCACGCCGCUAGCGACGCCAGCAGGAAAAACACCCAUGGGAUCUCAGUAUUUCACGCCCAUCUCGCACAAUCAAAGCUUUGGCGGCCUGUUGCUCGAUCUGGCGGGCCCCAGCCAGAGCCGUCCAGCGAUGCUUCGUCGCAACGACACCUUGGACUCCAUCAAGAUCGAGGACCAGGAGGACGACGCAUGCAAGCAGCUACGUAAAGCAAAGCUGUUCACGUCGUUUGGCGACCAGCUGAGGAUGGCCCGCGUCGUCAACUCUCGUCUGGGCCACUCCUCCUCCCACGACUUGUCCAACGUGUUUGACCUGACGCCCGAGCUACUGGCGGACGGCUCGUCUCCAAAGUACAACAGCGAACAGCAUCCGCACGAUGCGUUCAAAAAAUCUGCAUCCAUCGACUUGUUGCUGCCGGAGCUCGUCGCCUCCGAUCGCAUGACCGACACCAGCUUGAAGUCAUAUCCAGCAUCCAUAGACCUUGCGUCUAUCACCCAAUCCAGCAGUAGCGCUAGCGCCUCUCACGGCCAUGCUUCUCCGCUGCCUCCAGUGUCCUCGGGUCGCUUGAUGCCCCCGAUCACCCACGUCCUGGCCAAUAUGCCACUGGGCCUGAGGCCCACACACAACAACCCUCGCCUGAACUUGUUGAACGCUGCUGCUAAGAAAUUGUCCUCCAAGGUCUUAACAGGAUACCCGACCGCGUCGCAGAUUCAAAAGACCUCCACGACAGAGGACAUUGCAAAAUUCGCCGAAAGCAUUCUCCAGCUGGACCUGAAAAGGCCCAUCUACGUGCAGCAGGAGCAAAACGAUGUCUACGACCCGAAGAAAAAGCAUAAGUGUCCGCUUUGUCUCGCCAGAUUUCAACGGCCUGAGCAUGUCAAGCGUCAUUUGAAGAGCCACUCAACAGACAAGCCCUUUCAAUGUGACGAGCCCGAUUGUGGGCGGCGCUUCAACAGGAAGGAUAACCUCAAGGCGCAUCUCAAGAAGAUACACGGUAAGAUUGUAUAA